AUGAAAAGUAAAGAUAAAACAGGCAAUAAAACGAAAGAAAAUCUUUUUUUUCUUUUUUUUUCUUUUUUUUUUCAUUUUCUUUUUUCUUCUUUUCUUCUUUUUCUCUUUUUUUUUUUCUCUUUUUUUUUUUUUUCUUCUUUUCUUUUUUUCUCUUCUUUUUUUUUUCUUCUUUUCUUUCUCUUCUUUUCUUUUUCUUUCUUCUUUUUCUUUUUUUUCUUUUUCUUUCUUUUUUUUUCUUCUUCUUUUUUUUUCUCUUCUUUCUUUCUUUUCUCUCUCUUCUUUUCUUUUUCUCUCUUUCUUUUUUUUUUUUUCUUCUUUUCUUUUUUUCUCUCUCUUCUUCUUUUUUCUCUUCUUCUUUUCUUUUCUUCUUCUUUUCUUUUCUUCUUUUCUUCUUUUUUUCUUUUUUUCUUUUUCUUUUUUUCUCUCUUUUCUUUCUUUUCUCUCUUCUUCUUCUUCUCUUCUUUUCUCUUCUUUUUCUUUUUUUCUUUUCUCUUCUUUUUCUUUUCUCUUUUCUUUUUCUCUUCUUUUCUCUCUUCUUUUUCUCUUUCUCUCUUUCUUUCUCUCUCUUCUCUCUUCUCUUUUCUAAACCUUUACAGAUUUCUAUCAAUUUCGCAGACGUCUAAAUUUAUAACAGAUUACAGCAAAUAUCGCUGA